UCGCUAGCAUCAUGAACACCCAGAUUUGCACCCCGACCUUGUCCUCUGGCUCUGUCAAGGGCCUCUGUGGCACAGCAGGCGGUUUUUCUCGGGUGUCUUCCAUCCGCUCCGUGGGCUCCUGUAGGCCCUGUGGUCCUGCAGGGUCCGUCUCUUCCUUCAGGACGAGCCUGUCUGGUCUUGGGAGCUGCUUUUCUGGCUCCUACCUGCCCUCUGGAUGCCAUUCCUCUGGCUUUGUGGGGAGUGGGAACUGGCUCUGUGAGGGUGCCUUCAAUGGCAAUGAGAAGGAGACCAUGCAGUUCCUGAACGACCGACUGGCCAAUUACCUGGAGAAGGUGCGGCAGCUGGAGCAGGACAAUGCGGCGCUGGAGAGCCGCAUCCGGGAGUGGUACGAGUGUCAGAUCCCGUACAUCUGCCCCGACUACCAGUCCUACUUCAAGACCAUCGAGGACUUCCAGCAGAAGAUCCUUCUGACCAAAUCUGAGAAUGCCAGGCUGGUCCUGCAGAUUGAUAAUGCCAAGCUGGCUGCUGAUGAUUUCCGGACCAAGUAUGAGACGGAGCUGUCCCUGCGGCAGCUGGUAGAGGCUGACAUCAACGGCCUACGCAGAAUCCUGGAUGAGCUGACCCUGUGCAAGGCUGACUUAGAGGCGCAGGUGGAGUCCCUGAAGGAGGAGCUGCUCUGCCUCAAGAAGAACCACGAGGAGGAAGUCAAUACACUCCGCUGCCAACUUGGGGACCGACUGAACGUGGAGGUGGAUGCUGCCCCACCCGUGGAUCUCAACAAGAUACUGGAUGAUAUGAGAUGUCAGUAUGAGACCUUGGUGGAGAACAACCGCAGAGAUGUCGAAGCGUGGUUCAACACCCAGACGGAAGAGCUGAACCAGCAGGUGGUAUCCAGCUCUGAGCAGCUGCAAUGCUGCCAGACAGAGAUUAUCGAGCUGAGACGCACGGUCAACGCCCUGGAGAUUGAGCUACAGGCCCAGCAGAGCAUGCGGAAUUCUCUAGAAUCCACUCUGGCUGAGACAGAGGCCCGCUAUGGCUCCCAGCUGGCCCAGAUGCAGUGUCUGAUCACCAAUGUGGAGUCCCAGCUGGCUGAGAUCCGCUGUGACCUGGAGAGGCAGAAUCAUGAGUACCAGGUGUUGCUGGAUGUCAAGGCCAGGCUGGAAUCGGAGAUUGCCACCUACCGCCGUCUGCUGGAGGGCGAAGAUUGCAAGCUUCCUGCCCACCCUUGUGCCACAGAAUGCAAGCCUGCAGUGAGAGUCCCCUAUGUCUCUUCUACACCCUGUGCCCCGACUGGGUCCUGUACCCCGGCCCCUCAAGUCAGCACCCAGAUCCGCACCAUCACUGAAGAGAUCAGAGAUGGGAAGGUCAUUUCCUCCAGGGAGCAUGUGCAGUCCCGUCCUCUGUGACCAGCCACCGGCUCUCCAGCCAGAGCCUGCGGUCAGGGGAAAGAGGACAUCCCUGAGGCUCCUGGCUCCUAGAUGAUUCUACACUUCUCUAGAGGGUUCCUCUGCUUAGCAGGUUUUUCUAUCAACACUCUUGUUGUAUUUUGCUUCUGAUCUUGACUGUGCUUUUCAUGCCAAACCAGGUUCCCCUGGAAAUGUACCCAAUAAAGUGUGUCCUCUUGGCAUAGCAAAC